UGGAGAUUACAAGGAAGAGCACCUUGAGGUGAAACAAAGGAGAGACGAGGGAGACAGCAAUGGAAGGACUUGGGCUGUUCAUUUUCAGUGCAAUUCUGGUGUCUGCUCACACCCUCACUGUGGAAGUACCUGCCAAGGAAAUCCAAGUGGCAAGAGGAAGCAACGCUACUCUGCGCUGUAAUUUUAAAACAAAUGCAGAGGUUGACAGAGGAGACCUGCUUGUCUGGAGAAAAAUCAACAGAAAGCUUGAUAUUGUGACGCGGUAUUUUGAUGGGCUCGAGCAGUACGGGGAGGGCUACGACCAUCGCAUCCACUUCAGUGGUGAUAUUAACAGUGGGGACAUCAGCAUCACCAUCAGUGCCACCACCAUGGAGGACAACGGCACCUACGCCUGCAGCGUCCGCCUCCGGAACGACUUCCCUGCACAGACCGCGCUCCUGGACCUCUUAGUCCUCGUUGCACCAUCCAAGCCCGAAUGCAAGAUUCUGGGCACACCACAAUAUGGACAGACUAUCAACCUGACCUGUGUUUCUCACGAGGGCUCCCCAAAGCCCAAAUACACUUGGAAAAGCUUCAACGUGCAAAACGAGCCCCGUGUGCUGCCGUACACAGAAGGGCAACAAAUAACUCUGAAGAACAUUUCAGCAGACACGUCUGGCUUUUACAUCUGCACUUCAACAAAUGCUGUGGGAACGGAAUUUUGCAACAUGACGGUCAGCGUUGUGCCACCAUCCAUGAACAUAGCUCUGUAUGCCGGCAUCAUUGGGGGAGUCGUGGCCGCCAUUGUGGUGAUUGGGAUCAUUUCCUACUGCUGCUGCUGCCGGGCAAGCAAGGACACUGAUUACGAGAUGACGGUGCAAGAAGACAGAAAUGAACCCUCCAGGGAGGCGCCGACAAGGCAGGAGAGCAUAGGGGAGGAUGCGGAGAAUGCAUGAACGAAGAAGC